AUGCACACCAGCAAGCCGCCUCGCGGCGCUGAGGGUGCUGCGAUCAAGACGCGCCGCACGGCGCUGUGGGCGCUGCUGACCGCGAGCCUCCUGGCGGCGGCGCUCUUGUGGCAGUGGCGGCAGCUGCUCGGCGCGCAGCUCGCAGACACCAUGACGGCCCGGCUGGCAGGCGAUGGCAGCACCAAGACCGUGCAUUCCCUCGGCAGGCUGGGCCUGCUGCACGGCAGAGCAGGCAGCCUGGGCCUGGGCGGCGGCGGCGGCGACAGCGGCAGCGGCGGCGGGCGCGCGCCACGCGACGCCGCCGCCAGCUGUGCCCUGGACGUCGCCGCCUCCCAGUUUGCAGACAGCUGUACGCUGCUGCGGGACGUAUGCGUGGACCAGGGUACCGCCAUUCUGUACCGGGAGGAGGACACUCUGCAGCUGCGGCAGGCUGACGGCCCGGGCUACGAGCUGAUCGAGCCGCUGCACAGCUUCGCCAAGUUUACCUACAUCUACCGCAGCGACGGCGGGGCCGACCCGCGGUACCGCGCGCCACCCAUCCGGCUGCGCCCCGCGGCACAGGCGGAGGGCGCUGGGUACCUGCGGGACCCCUCCUUCUCCUCCUGCACCGUGCCAAUACUGUGGUACCCUUUUGAGCGGCUCUCCAACUUUGCCCACGUGUACAGGGACAACGCCGCCAAGCUGCUGGGCGUGCUGCGUGGCACACCCUGGGCCCGCCACGCCAAGCUGGUGCUCAUGACGGCUGAGGGCCUUUCGGCGCCAGACUGGAACUAUGCCCUGUUGCAGCCGCUGUCGCCACUCAAGGUCGAAACGUGGGCCGACUUCUCGGCCCGCCUGCCAGGGGCGGAGCCGGCGGCGGCCGGCGGCGGCGGCUGCGUGCGGGGUGGCUGGGAAGGCGAGGAUGCGGGCGCAGCGGGCGCAGGGCUGCCGCUGAGCUCAGAAGGCGGCCCGCAGCGCUGCUUCCGGCACAUGUACGUCUGUGCCAGGGGAAUUAACAUCACCAGCUGGCCGCUGCACGGCCUGGGCCAGCACCUGGUGAAGCACUAUGGCAGCCUCAUCAAAGCAGCGGCGGCAGCAGGGCAGGCUGCGCCAGCAGCAGCGCGAGCAGCAGCCGGGGAGCAGCAGCAGCAGAGGCAGCAGGGAGGUGACGAUCGGGAGGAUGAAGGCUCUGAUUCUGCCGGCGCCAGCGGCAGCAGCCGACCGGGCGGCGGCGAUCGUGUGCUGCGCAUUGUGUUCCACAAGCGCAGCACAAAGGACCGCCAGCUGCUGAAUGCCGCAGACCUGCUGGACCGCUGCAACCGCUGGCAGUACACCAGCCGGGCGGGGCAGCGGCUGCGCGCCAGCUGCGCAGAGGUACAGCUCAUGAGCUUGCUGUCAGGCAUGGCGGCGGCGCAGGAGGCGGAUGUGUUUGUGGGCGUGCACGGCGCCAACAUGGCCAACGCCUGGCUCAUGCGCCCCGGCUCGAGCAUGAUUGAGCUGCAGCCCUACGGCUUUGACCAGGGGCCUGCACACCUGCAGUACCCUCUGUUCAACAAGAUGGACAACGACACGGCGGUGCUGUGGUGGCUCAUCUCUGUGUGCGAUCCCAAGGCCUCCACACCCGGGGAGCAGGAGGCCAGGGGGGUGGGCACGCCCAGCCGCUGGCCCCGGGACCGCAACUUGCGCGUCAGCUGGGGCGCGCUGCGGCGGGUGCUGGAGACGGUGGUGGAGGUGGAUGGCGACAUGCGCGAGUACCGGCGGCGGUGGGAGGAGGGGCGGUGGUGGUGGUGGCUGGGGCGCGGCGGCAGAGGCUGCCCUCUGGCACAUUCGCGUUUUUGGAAUACGGGUAGAGCCGUAAAAGCUCACGGGUUCGAGUUAUUUCCUAAAUUCCUAAAAACCCUGCUCGGCGGUAGCGCCCCCCCCCCCUGGCGCCAGCGAGGCGUGCUGCCCAGGCUGAUGGCGCCGGCGCAUACCACCGCCGAUAAUCCAUUACCGGCGCGAAACCGAGUUAUCACAGCCUGCCAAGGCUUGACUGCCAACCGGGAGCGAGACUGGGAGCACGUGCUGGAAGGCCGUUUGGACGCGCUGCGGAAGCGCGGCGGCUAUGUGGCCAGCGGCUUCAUCGGGGCGCUUGCGCUCCUGGUGCUGAUGUUGGUCGCCGCCCCCGUUCUGCGGGGGCAAGCUGCCCAGCUGUGGCCUGAGCGGCGCCGCUACAGCCUAUUCACCGCUCCAGACGGCGGUUGGCUGGAUUCAGACGUUGUGCAGGAGCCCAGGGCCUGGGAAGAGCUGCCAUUCAGUAUUUUCACCACGCCCAUCUCCCGCUGCUCCAUCACCCCCGACGGUGUGCCGCCGCUCCACCGGCAUCCCGCUCUGACAAUGGUUGUCUCAUGCUGGCUGAAAAAAUGCAGUGCAAAAAAAUGCAUAUUGGUGCUGCAAUUACGGCCACAACGUGCAGCGGGGUUUCUGCGCUGCCCCAUGCUGCCGGAGACCGCUCCCGCCAGGCGUGUGCUGCUUGCAGGCGACGUCAUGCUGCGGGCCCCCGCCACCGAGCUGCCCUUCUUGUUCAACCUCACAACUGAGGCGCUGCCAACCAAGCAGGAGUCGUGCGGGCACUGCCAGGCACCGGUGGGGGACAACUGCAACAUCACCAAGCUGCCGCACUCGUGCUGCGGCGUGUGCCAGUUCGACGGGCGCAUGUGCGGCAAGCUCUACCCCGGGGAGGGUCGGUCGGAGGCGGCGGCGCAGCGGCUGCUGCAGGAGGGCUACCGCCUGCAUGCCUUCACGCCCUGCGAGCUGUUCCAGCGCAUUCGCGGCCGCACGCUGUGGUUCAUGGGAGACAGCCAGACCUGGCACUUUUAUUAUGCUCUAGAGUGCUUCCUGCGGGAGUUUGCACCCACGCUGCAGCGCUCGGAUCCGGUGCCUGCCAAGCAGAUGGAGACGCUGGCCACAGCCAGGCAGGGGUACUGCCACAAGUGGUGGGCCGUACCGCCAGAGUGUCUGGAGCUGGCGCACGGCACGCGGGUGUGCAUCGUGCGGGCGGACACGGCUGGGGACAUGCUGGAUGCGGUGCUGCCCACGCUUAUGGAGCAUGUGCCUGGUUUCCAGGACGACAUACUGAUGUGGAAUACCGGCCUGCAUUAUUUUGAGUUCGACGGACCCCAGGUGUGCGCCGCCAACGGCACCUGCGGCGUGCCCGGCGCGGGCAGCAAGUACGUGCGGGAGCUGCGCCAGCUGGCCGACUUCCGGGCCGCCCACCGCGGCCGCCUGCCGGCUACGGUGUGGAUGGACACCCCACCGCAGCACUUCCCCGGCAGCGGCUACUACGUGGGCGACUUCCAUUCCGAGGACUGCAUGGCCUGGGAGGCGUGGCAGCGCGGGGAGGCUGUGGCGCGGGCGGGCGGCAUGUGGAACGUGGCAGCGGCGCCGUUUGUGGCGGAGUUGGCAGACGUGCACCUGCGGACCUGGAACGCCAGCAUCCCCUUUUGGGCCACGCACAUGCCGCGGGAGUGCACCCACUGGUGCCAGCCCAGCGCCUACCACACCUGGCUGUACCUGCUCAACGAGGCGCUCCGGGACGGCGGCAUCGGCGGCGACCCGGCGGUGUCGGAGGCGGCGCCGCGCCCGCAGCUGCGGCGGCGACCCGUUGCCUGA